UAUGACAGAAAGCACAUGGCUCUAUUUAAUAAUUUAGAUUUCCCAUAUGAAUAGAAUAUAAAUAGAAAUGUCUGAGGAAGAGAUAAAGCAAAUAAAAGGUCCAGCAAAAAUGGAGAAGAAAAGCAACUGUAAGGUCUGUGUUACAGGAGGUGCAGGUUACAUAGGUUCUUCUCUUGUAAACAAACUUUUGGACAGAGGCUACACUGUCCACGCUACCCUCAGGAACUUAGAGGAUGAAUCAAAGGUGGGGCUGUUGAAGAGCUUUCAUGGUGCAGAUGAAAGACUCAAAUUAUUUCAAGCUGAUGUUUACAAACCAGAAGAGUUUGAGCUGGCAAUUCAAGGCUUACAAAAAUAGAACUGAGGCUACAAUUGCUGCAGUGAAGAAAAUUGGAAUGACUUGCCUUAAAUCUGGGACAGUAAAGAAGCUUAUAUAUACUGCAUCUGUGGUUGCUGCUUCUCCAUUGAAGGAUGAUGGGACUAAUUUCAAGGAUUUGAUGGAUGAAACGUGUUGGACACCUCUCAAUUUCUCAAAUCCUUAUGCCGAUCAGGGGCUUAAGGUGAGCCUAAUGUAUUUAUUUACCUUCCUAUAUGCUGCAUUAAAGCUCUUAUGUAGUUUAACCACUCUUAGUAAGACCGAGCUUCU